CUCCCUAUAUCGGGAAAAAGAAAAGGAAAACAAAAAAACAUUGUGCAGUUUGUGAUCGAGCGAUCCGAAAUUCAGAAAACCCUAGAGAGCAAAUUCUUAUCGAAUUUCAAAUCUCCAAAAGAAAGAAAUGGCAACAGGUGGAGCCGCUCCCCAGAGAGGAACUGCAGCAGCUGCUGCCGCUAAUCUUCGCCGGAGAAGAACAGCUGGCGGAGGUGCCACCGGCGGGGCGAGUGGGACCAUGCUCCAGUUCUACACAGACGAUGCACCAGGACUUAAGAUUUCUCCAAAUGUUGUGCUCGUAAUGAGCAUUGGUUUCAUAGCCUUUGUUGCGAUACUUCAUGUCAUGGGUAAGCUCUACUUUGUCCGUAAAGAGUAAGACUCUAGUUACUUUUUGUCUUGGCGAAUUAUUAAAAGAAAAAAAGGAUAUUAGUCGGGUUGGAUGCUUUUACGGAGAAGGUUUUAUUUGUAGUAAUCGAGCAGAAAGAAAGCAGGUCCUUAUGAGUUUUUGUAGCUGUAAAAUGAGGACUACAGAGAAUUGACAAUUGCUCAAGUUAUUUUUAUUUUGGUGAAUUUUCAAUGUGUCUUUUCAUGCUCUUGAAUACUUUGAUAUUUUAUUUGUAUGCUGCUUGGAAAUGUUAGUAAUGCUAUUCUUCA